AUGGAAGAUCAACAAAAAAAACAACAUGUUGAGACUCAAAGUUCCAACACCAAUAAUCCAAACAACACUGAAAAGAGUGAAACUGUGAGAUCAAGAUGGACACCAAAACCUGAACAAAUCCUCAUUCUUGAAUCCAUUUUCAAUAGCGGAAUGGUGAAUCCACCAAAAGAUGAAACUGUUAGAAUAAGAAAACUUCUUGAAAAAUUUGGACCUGUUGGUGAUGCUAAUGUUUUCUAUUGGUUUCAAAAUCGUCGCUCUCGCUCUCGUCGUCGUCAGAGACAGCUUCAGGCCGCAGCCGAAUUAGCCGGAGGAGGCGGUGCAAAUCUUUACCACCAAUACCAGUGCAACACCAACAGUAAUAAUAUUAUGUCUGUUGGUGCUGCUAUCGGUUUUGGUGGUUCAUCUGAUCUAACUAUGAUGAACUCUCCUUCUGGUUCUUCUUAUAAUCAUAAUUUUUCGAGUUCAUCUCCAUCAUCCGGUGUUGGUGUUGGUGUCGGUGUCAGUAUCGAAGGGUUUCCUGGUUUAUUUUUAGGUUCUUCUCAAAUUAAUUUUCCUGAGAUUGGUCAUACUUCUGCUGCUUCAUCAGUUUUGAACCCUUCUCAUGAUCAUGCUUUAAAUUUGAACUAUCAUCAUUCAGGAUUUGGGGGGAGUGAUGUUUCAGGUUUGAUCACAGUGUAUAUCAAUGGAGUUGCAACAGAAGUAGCAAGAGGUGCAAUUGACAUGAAAACAGUGUUUGGUGAAGAUGUUAUGUUAAUUCAUUCAUCUGGAGUGUCAGUUCCAACCAAUGAGUUUGGUAUCUUGAUGCAGAGCUUGCAGCAUGGUGAAAGCUAUUUUCUGGUUUCAAAGCAAACACGAGCAUGA